CAACCACCAUCACUAUCAUCACCACGGCAUUAAUUCUUUUCUUCCAUUAACGAUAUACGCACUUCUUUCGUUCCGUCAGUUCUCACUUGGAGCUGUUGUUGUGGCAUCAGAGCGGGCAACUAUACAUACAUACAUAUACACACACUUAUCUAGAGCUUAUCUAUUUUAUUAAGCUGAAUGUUCAUUUUGCUAACUCUUUCCACUACGAAAUUAUUCCCUUCAAAGUUGCCCAAAUGAAGGUCAAGAUGGAAGGGUUCCAUAAACUCCAUGAUGACUUGGAGAAGGUUAUCGAGAAGGAAGAUUCCAACAGUUCAGUCACUACGGAUUCUGAUGAAACCAAACAAGAAUUCCGCACAAUCCGUGAACGGGUCAUCCACUUGAUUAACACCAAUAUAUUCCAAAUUGGAAUUAUCUGCCUUGUCUUUCUUGAUUGUCUACUGGUAAUUUCUGAACUUCUGCUAGACCUUCAAAUACUUCAGGUACAUGAUUAUGACAAAAUGGCUGUUGCUUUCAUCUUGCGCUAUGCUAGCUUAGCUAUUUUGGGCAUAUUCUUGCUGGAAAUUGCUCUUCGGUUAUAUGCAUUGAGACUUGACUUCUUCAGGCAUAAGAUGGAAAUGUUUGAUGCAGUUGUCGUUAUAGCUUCGUUUGUAUUGGAUAUUGUAUUCAGACAGCAUGACGGACCUGAGAAUGGUGUGGGUCUUUUAAUUGUGCUUAGAUUAUGGAGAAUGACAAGAAUCCUGAAUGGUAUUAUUAUGUCUGUGAAGAAACAAGCAGACAAGAAGCUGCAGCGAGAACGCCGUCUGCGUGAAGCCUGUGAACAGGAACUGUCCAAGUUCCGUGAAUAUUGCUCUGCUCAAGAAGGAGAAAUAGAACUCUUGCAAGGACUCCUGCGAAAACACGGGAUUACUGAUGCCGACAAACACGAACAGCCACCCUCAGUUAGUACCAUCGCUGUCAUUGCAGAAGUUAACCCAGUGGAACACCAGAUUCUUAACAGCAACAACAAUGGAAGUAAUAUUUCCCAAAAUUUGUCUAGUAAUACAACUAUAACAACAACAGCAGCAACAACAACAUCAGCAACAGUUGCAACAACUAUAACAACAACAACAACAGCAGCGACGACGACGACAACAACAGCAACAACAGCACCAAACAUAUUAAUUAGCAGUAUUUCUUCCACAGAUAACGGCAGAUCACCGUCAAGGACUUCAGUUUCAACAUGUAUACUAACACCAGCCAUGACUACACCGCCUACUCCACCACACCCAAUACAAACAACCACAACCCUUGAUAAAACUGCCACAGCUAAUUUCAGUCAAACUAAGUGAUGCUGAUGACAGCGGUGAAUUCUUAUUCCCUUAACGUGAUAAACCUUAACCCCCACCACCACCACCACCACCCAUCCACUUCCCACCAACGAGAUUUUCCUUUGUACAGAAACCAAACAAAAAAAAACAAAAACUUUACUAAUCAAAAAUGUAUGAAAAUUUUUUGUAAUGUAGAUGAGCCAAUGUUUUCUCUACAUUAUUAUUUUUAUGAAAUCUGUAUGUCCUCUGUUUCCAAAUUUUGUGACUUUUUUUUUCCCUACUGUUUCACCCUUCCAACAGUUUGCUUUCAUUCUUGAGCAAUUGUACGCACAUGUGCGUGCACACACACAUCCUUUAUUCAGUAACUUUCUCUUUCUCAUGCUAUCCUUUCCUUGCUUUCCAUCUAUCACACACACAUACAUACAUGUGUGGAUGUAUACAUGUACAUAAUUGACUGUCCAUUCUCUAAGCACAUAAACAUAAAAUCCCCAAUUAAUUUUAAAUUAUCUCCCAUUUUCUUUGAGUUACUAAAAAUUGCCACUAGGCUCUUUCUUGCUCCAAUUAAGGAACGGCAUCCAGUACACACACACACACACACACACACACACACACACAUUCUUUUUCAAGUGUCCUUAUUACUUUUAAUAGCAUCUAUCAUUUCAGCCUAACUAUAUUAUGGCUGUUUACACACUACAUAAAUGCACAUGUGUAUUCAUCAUAUACAAAUUGUCCAAGUGUUCAAAUUCCAUAAGCCCAAUAACAUUUAAAUCCUUGUUUCUUAAGUGAUGUUUGUGUGUGUUUUGUGAGAGUAUGUAACACAAGUGUUGAACAUUUCAAUGCCACCAGCACCACUACCUUCUGUACUUUGUCG